AUGAAAAGCCAAGAGGACAGCAAAGUUAAGUUAGAUCAACUCAAGAAGCAUGGACCACUUCCUUUUCCUGAGAUCUUAUUGUACUGGGUUUUGUGGAUCUCAAUGUGUUCAUACUCUAUGUAUAACAUCUUUAGAGCCUCACGAGGUAUGGCAUCGCAAACUACUGUGUACAUGUAUGUGUUAUUAAUUUUUAUUGUCCCAAGGAUAAAAUGGCACCUGUCUCAACGUUUUAAUAUUACUCUAAACCAUUUGGAAACAGGCAUCACUUUCUCUAUUAAAACAAUAGACUUCCAUUAAUUUAAGGAUAUUUAGUAAGCACCCCCUCCAAUUAAUUGACCUAAUGUACCUCAUUUCUGCUCUCCGACUUAUGCUUUCCUUUAAAUUUGUCAAGAAAAGACAAUUAAUAAUAUUAAUAUCAUUCUCAAAUUAUUAAUGUUUCGUUUUGAGGAGCACUUCAAUCAAGAUUUAGUAACAUUAGAUCCCAUUAUGUCCGCGCUCAAAUACUGACAGUCAACUCUCAUGAAAACAAACACCAUGUACUGGGGUACUUAGCACUUAAGCUGUCCAGCUUUAGCUAAAACUUUGGGCCCCAAAGCAUUAAAAAUAUGUCACACCUUGAGAAAUAUUUCUCCACCUGUUACCUAGAUGUAUAACCACGAGGUUUGCAGUUCCUAUACGCUAAUCCGUUAGGUGUUUAGGAGACAAUAAAACAAUUUUACAACUCAAGAAGUUCGCAGAAGUGCUUCUCAGUGGUUUAUCCUUUUAAAAAAUAUAUUUUAAGAAUAUUCUGAAGUAACUGAGGGACAGCAAGAUGACAGGCUGUUUUAGGGGAGUGAUUAUAUAAUGUGUUUAUUUAGAAAAAGGUUCAUGAAUAUUUAUGAAUUGAGUGUACUUCGAUCCUGGUGCUUGGAUUGCACCACCUCUACCUGUAACCCCCCCUCCCCUCCCCCCUUUUCCUUCUUACCUGGUUCAUGAUGUGCUACCAUGACCCCCAAACCCUUAGCCAAUACCAGACCUAAUUCGAGUAAAGUUAGCUAGACUGAACGCCCCUAACCCAUUCCAAUUCUAGAGUCGCUAUUCUCCAAAACUACUGAGGGUCAAUUCCCUGUUUCCCUUUAAAAUCUUUAACCAGUUGAUCAUUUUCGUGGAAAAUAAAAACCUAUUCAAGACCCAAACUUUCUGAUUUGUAUGCCCGAUCCCAGACUUACCUGUUUGAAAACCACACCCUUGACAGCGUUACAUACCUACCGGUAUGUUUGUAUAUACUUUAUAUAUAGCUUUCAUACAUGUAUGGCAUUUUUUACACCCCCACGGGCUCCAAGGGUUCUUCUCAACACUCUCGUCAGAGACAAAGUAUUGUGCUUGUUUCACAAAAAUUGCUAUUAGAGUGACCAUCCUCUCGCUGUUCACAAGAGGGCAAGAACAAAAAAAGUUCUAUUCGUUAUGUCCUUGUAGGGUGUUGUUCUUUCACUUUAAUUAUUGCGUGUCAAUUUUCAUAGAACACAAAGAUGAAAUCUACGAAGAGGAUUUAAAAGAAGCAUGGACGUUUCUGGGGAGAAAAAAGGUCCACAUAGUUUUUAUUGUUGUUCUUGUUGUUGUUUUAUUCAAAUGGAGUGUACCGGUAUGUCACUUAUAUUAUAACACUAUAACAUUGGUACGGACUAAUCCACUGAAGUUUCACGCGUGAGAGGCGAGCGAAGCAAAAUUUUCACGCAACUCGCCCGAGCUCGUCCAUGUGAUGGGGAACUAUAAACACGCAAGUAGACACGUCAGGAAAUACCCUCGAUGUUUGAGGCUUCUUUGGAAAUGGCAAUCAGUUUAACUUAUGAGGACCAUCGCAUCUUUGCGUUCAUCACCUUAUGACAUGACCUUUACAGGCGCUGCGACUGGAAGUAAUAGGCGGCGUUCGGCAAUUGCGAGUUUCAGCAAUUGCAGCCUGCGUGGUAGGCGCAAAGAGGAGGGGGGAGAGGGAGAGGGAGAGAGAGAGGGAGAAAAACGCGAAAUGGAAAAUCCCCCUCCCUUUUCUUCCUGCUGCUGAUCCCCUACCCCUUUCAAAUUUUAAUGCCUGCUACGUAGGCUAGAGAAAUUAGUGCACGGUUCUCGACUUACCUCUCGUACUGAACAGCAAUAAAAUACAAUGAAAUAAUUGAUUUGCAACAAGGUUCCAUUCGUGAAAUUUAUGUUUGAUGCACUUGAAAGCAGUUUCAUUGUCAGUUUUUUUUUUAACAAUUCUAGUUAGUCCGUGGAAUACGGGCGCUAUUUUUUUGCGUUUUUCAGGCGAAUAGGACGUGGAGUGCGAGACACGCGCGAAGCGGGAAGAAAAAUUGAAAGAACGCCUGUUCUAUGCAGGCUAAAAUCUAGUGAGAUAGAUGUUCUUCACUUUCAGAAGCACUAAAUAACUUUUUUUAAAAAAAUGUAGGAUGUAUCAGAUUUUGAAUGGGAAUUUUGGACAAGAACGGUAGCAGCCAUAAUACCUGCCAUGUUGGUUCACAUGAUUGGAGGACUCUUUUUUUCUCGUUUCUUUCCUGAGGUGAGAUCUAUGGUGAUCGACUUGAUUUAGUUUUUCCGUAUUUAAAAAAAAAAUACUUUAGCUAAAUUUGAAAAAUGUGUGACUCAGACUGUACAUAAAUUAGGUUCAUAUUCGUCAUCCUGUUCUAUAUUUGAGCACGAAAAGGUCGCGAGCUUUUCACAUGACGUCACGGCGGCCAUAUUGGUGUCCCAAAACAAUGAAACGGCGGCCAUGUUGGUGUCCCAAACCAGUCCUCUGGGAGUUGAACUCUUUUCUUAUGCAAACGCGUUCUUUUGUUCCAAUAAAUUUGCAUAUAUGCUGGCCGCGUGAAUGAAAACACUCUAUAGCGAUCUUUUUUGCUGAUUAAGACUUGGUUUAGUACCGGGCUCGAGGUAUGUUUGUAGCCCUCGUGUCCCCUCCCCACCCCCCUUCAUUGUCCCCUUCCUCCCCGACCCCUAUUCCGCGCUUGCAACGCAGCCCGCUCAUCCCCAGGUAGACGUUCAGAAAAGUCCUUCGUCCGAUUUAACAUGCGCAACUUAGUCGCUCGCUUGGCUCCUUCGCGGCCUAAAAAGCCCGCUCCGCUCGCUAAGAAACUCGUGAGGUCGACUUGUAACAAGUCUAAUCCCCAGGACUUUUCGCGCGCCAGCUCGAGGUAUCCAGAUGGGCGAUUUUCGUCACGUGCAAAAAUUUUGUAGCGCUUGAACCAAGGACGUGUUUUUUGGAAAACUUUGCAUUUACUUGCAAAGUGACAUAUUGCCAAUUUUGUAUUUCCGACGAUAUAAGGCCCUCACUCAGUUUCUAUAGCAGGGUCACAUUGACGUACACGUGUCAUUUCGAAGGCGAACUGACAUAUAAGACGUAGGCGAAUCGACUCUAGUCGUGGGCGAACAGACCGUAGGCGAAACGACCGGAUACCAUUUCGAUUCCCCAUCACAAGCUAUAGAAUCGGGUUCAGUUUUUUUUUGGUAAGGCUUGCGAAGGGUGAAAGCUCUCGCCCUUACCUCCAGGCAACAGAAUGAACUUUUUUAUAAGGAACCUAACGACUGCGGGUUAAUUAAUCCAUUUUCAUUUCUUCAUUACCUUAGUUCAAAGCCGUCUAUUGCCUGAUGUUUACAUUGUCUUUUUUGCUGUAUGCUACUGGAUGGAAAGCGGUCGUCUUUAUGAUCGCUUACUGUCUGAUUGUCUAUGGAGUUUGUGCUGUCUUCAAAUCUGUUAUCGUGCUGUGGACGUGCUGCGUGGUUCUUUCGCUUUCUCUCCAGAUCAACGUCACAAGAAUCGGGCAGGUAUGAUUAUGAUAUUGCGAUUCUUCGUAAGUUUAAAACAACCUGAGUCUGUUAGAGAUUAUUGUAUUAAAGCAAGGGCGUUCCUUGGAUUUUCCCGAGGUAGGCGCGCAGUUUUUCAAAUCAUCUCUACCCGGUCUCCCGGCAGAUUGGCCAUGCGGGCAACUUAAAGAUACAGUCAAAGUCCUCUUUACGGACCAGUGGCGGAUCCAGGAGAGGGGCCAGGGGGACCCGGAGGGCCCGGCCCCCCCUUAUCUCAGGGUCUGGGUGACCGCCCCCCCUUAUCUGAAGGUCUGGAUCUGCCGCUGCGGACACCCGCUUAAUACGGACGCCUCAUUAUUACGGACAGUUGCAAGGUCCCUUAGUGUCCGUAUUAACGGAGUUUCUCUGUAUUUCCAUUUUAAUGAUAAAGUAAUUGGACCUUAGACUUCAGGCAGCAGUUUGGUCUUGCGCGUGUGGCAACUCGUCGGGUAAAUUACUCGUUUUGCUUUGAAAAAGUAUCUGGUAGAAGCAAACGCGGAGUUACGUGGCUCCGGCAAUUCCACCAUUUUCAGCUAUUUACCUACUGCUCACUCCUUUGCUUUGUUUUUCUAUUUUUUUGUUUGUUUUCAUUUAUCUUCGCCCUUUUUUCAACGCACUUGCUUCAGGAGCGCUCUACCGGGAGAGCUUGCUCGCAGGCUAAUUUUUUUUGUAAAAUCCAACUAGUGGUCUUUUAACAAUGCUCCAUUCUGAUUGGUUGAGCUACUACUAGGCUAUAUGUUAUAGCCCACUAGUAGCGAAAAGCGCCGGAUUUUUGGCGGCAAAAAAGGAUUAAAGUCUAGCUUUAACUAGCCAAAGUUGUGUUGUCUCGAUAUUUUUGACCAACUAGUUGGAUUUUGCUGAAACAAUUAUUCCUCUCGACGUGGCCUCUAAGUCGAUAGCCCAUUUGGCCUUCAGCCUCUUGGGCUAUUAACUCAGAGCCCAUUUGGGCUCAAGGAAUAAUUGUUAAAUAGUGCCAAGGAGGCGUACUUUUCUUUUCUUCCCUUGUGCACGCUCCUCCUCGAAAUUCCUCCCUUCGCCCAACCAUCGGAGGUAUUCAAAGAGGAUAGCGACGGCAAAUUGUUGUUGCUUGAAAUAUUUAAAAGUCUUACGUGCUUUCGGAACUUUACGGUAAUAAUUGUCACGUCAAUCAUUAUUUCUUAGAUCGAUGUUCUCAGCACCGAUCCUCAAAUAAAGAAUCUCAUCUUGUUUGCGUCCAUGAUGUCCGUUUUACGAUGUAUAAGUUUUGGAGUUGACUACUGCUGGCGGUCACGUGAAACAUACAAAGACAAACCACUGAAGCCUUACUCUUUAAUGGAUCUUCUAGUCUACAACUUUUACUUCCCAGUGUUUGCCAAUGGACCAGUUAUCACUUUUGAUAAUUUUCAAAAAACGGUUAGUGCAGCUAAUUGUAGGCUAUAAACACUGAGGUAUAUCUCGUUGAAGUACAAAUAAAAAAUGACAUCACUCUCAACGCAAGAAGUUUUUGAAAUUCGAAUAGAGUUGUAUAAAUGGGAUCGUGUGUUCUUAAAGCUGAAGUGAAGAUAUUUCGGACGAUGUUGUUAUAUUAAAUUGCAUGUCUUCAAAAUGGCCAUAAAUGGUGUGAAGCUUGUUUAUAUUUUCAAAAAAAGUAUCGUGGAGAAAUUUGUGGGUCUAGUGUAAACACGCAUGAAGGUUAUUGCAGUUUUUGUGUGGUUCCAACCAAUGGUGGCGCUACUCUAUUGCGGGCACACGAUAACUGGAACCACCUUUUUUAUAACUGAGCUUGGUUCACAAGGAAUCACUGGUGUGAACCUGGUAGGUUCACCAUAAGAUGUAGUUCUUUCAUUUUACGAGCUUUUGUGAACCAGCAAUUAUGAGAAACGAUUUUCCUUUCGUCUUCGAUAUUUGCAUUAGGAAAUGUAUAUACAUGUAUUUUGGAAAUACUUUUAUUUUACUUUGGCAAGGAUAAUAAAAUAGUGUUCGUAAGUAAAAUUAAAAGAUCCGUCUCGAAUCCGCAAAAAUGAAAAGUCCUGCCUACGCCCCUUUUUUUGAGACAGAUGGUGUUGUGCGAAUCAGACUGGAAAACCAAAAUUCGUGUUGACGCCAGUUUCACUUUGUGCUAGUUUCACCACCCUUUUUAGUGACACUGUACUGAUUAAUAUUCAGCUUUAAGCGUGUGUUGUGAAUAUUCUUUUACAUGCUAAUUUUUUUUGCCUAUUUGCCUUUUUUCCCCUUAUUGCAAUCCCCACUUUGAAAAUGCUUUUAACUGAUGUUCUCUCAAAAUUAAAAGGUGGUGACAGGUUGCUGUCGGGCAAAAAUUUUGACUAGUUUCCAUAAAUCUAGGGUAAAACGGGCGACAACAAACGUGCAACUAGUUUCGCAACAUAACUGAAAAAGCGUUGUUGCGCGUUUUACCAACAGCGUUUAAACCUGUCUUGCAACAAAUCAGGUCGUUGCAAGCUGCGUGAAUACGAGCCUCGGAGAACUGGUUUAAACUACACGCGAGUUACACCAUACGCGCGAGUUACUACAGUUGCUCCAAACAAGUUCGCCGUGGCAAGUUCGGUAAAACACGCAACAUGUACAGAUUUUGUUGCAAAAAGUAGAAGAACCCUCUUUUUUCUGCAAUAACUUUAGGCGUCCUGCAACAACUUGAUAUGUUGCAGGACAGGUUCAGCAGUGUUGUUGCAAAACACGUUGCAAGUUUUUGUUGUCCGUUUUGCCGUGGCUUUGACAAGACGAAUCGAUUUUAUUCUCCAUCCAGUAAUUGGGAGUUGUAGCCACGACCAUGCCGGCGAUGGCAAGGAAAAUUUCACUAUAGUUAAAAUAAUUUUCUUGGGGUUGAAUUGCUAGGAACCGUACCCAUUUUAUCGUUUUUUGGUUGGUCGUCCUGCAUAGGUCGUCGAUGAGGAAAUUUCAUGUCGUUUCCAGUGCAGUGACGGAAUGUACCAAAAGGUGUGAUGCACGUGCAGCGUUGUGGUUUUUCUUCGGUUAACGCUGUUGUUGCCUUCGCGUCGUCGUUGCCAAAAUUCCCCUCAAUAAAGCGCUUACUUCAUUUCGAGAACUCAGUGGUGUUAUUUAUUUAAUCACGUAUUAAUUUACUGCUUUUUGACUUUUUUCAGUUUUAUCAACCUUACAAGUCUUUUACCCGCGACGAAAUCAAGUCACUUCUCCAAGAUACGGUGCGAACAAUAUGGUGGUACAUAUUCCUGGAAAUCUACCUUCAUUUCUUUUACUCUACAGCCAUCACAUUAGAUCCAAGAAUAUUCAGCUCUCUUUCCAAUUGGGCUAUCGCAGGAAUCAUGUACUCUCAGCUAAAUAUUUUCCUUGUGAAGUACAAAGUAUUUUACAUGGGCGCUGGAGUGUUCGCGCGGAUCGAUGGAGUCAGUGCUCCCUUGCCUCCGAGAUGUGUAACAACGUUAUAUCUCUUCUCCGAUAUGUGGAAGUAAGAAAUAUUUCUUUUGUUGUGACUAGUAUAAUAAAUUCAGUGGAACUUGCAUUAAGUGGAGCCCGCACUAUAACAAUUUUUGUUAAUUGGACAUAUGAGCAUGUAUUCGUUGGAAAUGAGCGUCAUUUAGUCCCUAUUUAAUUGGUACCGCUUAUAUAAUUUCGACCAUAGAGUCCUGAUUUCGAACCCUUCAGUGUCAGAUCCAGACCUUCAGAUAAGGGGUGUGUUGGGGGGGACAUGGGGCAAGGAGGCCCCUGAGAUAAGAAGGGGGGACAGUCUUAAAAGAAAUUUUUCUCAUCCCUUCGGGCCUCAGUUUGGUUCAAAAAAUAAGGAGGCCCUGGGUCCCCCAUCCCCUCCCCUGGAUCCUCCACUGCCCUUGGUUCUUCGUAAUCUCCGCUGAAAAAUCCAAACCAAACCUAAUUUCUUCUCACCAGUCGGCAAACACUGUAAUUUUAACCCCGAUUUCUCAAACCUUCCGAACACUCGAAACACUUUGCCUUUCCCAAGGCUGUUUUUGUUUCGAUUCUGCUGUAAUUCUAAAUAGGGAGCUUACGACGGCGAAGAGAACGUCACUUAAAAAGUGCACUUGCGCUCUUCAAACGUCAUUGCUCUUAUCACCGUAAUUUUUAACGAGUUAUUAUAACUCCAAAAAUGGAGUAAAGAUUUUAGGUACAGGAUAACCCCUUUUUGGGGGUUACUUUAUAUUAACUCCUAAUUUAACUCUGAAUUUGGGGUCAUUUUUACUCCUGAAAAAGAAUUCCUUUUACUCCCAGUCUGGAGUUGAAAUAACUCCGAAAUGGGGUUAUUUUUACUCCUUACAUGGGUUGUUUUUACUCUUUUUGGAGUUAAUUUAACUCUGAAAGUGGAGUAAAAAUUUUAGGUGCAGGAUAACUCCUUUUUUGGGGUUAUUUUAACUCCUCAAUAUCUGGGGUCACUUUUACUCCUGAAAAAGAGUGCUUUAAACUCCUUUUUGGAGUUAAAAUAACUCCCCAAAAAAUGACUCCACUGUAAGGAGUUAAAUUAGCCCCACUAGAGGAGUUAUUAUAACUCCUUGAAAAUUAUUGUGAUUCCGUCACAUUUAGUUUCAAAAAUAAUGAAGAAGGGAUGCCGGGAACGACUCCUGGACUUCCCUCGAUGCAAUGCAUCUCUCCAUCAAAUUUGUCCCAGGAUGGCUGGAACGAGUGCCCUGCAGUUGGGCUCUCUUAAGAUGGCUUGAAAGGAAAAAUACUACGCAGAAUCUCAUGCAGGUUGGCGGAAGUUGAACAGUUGAAAAUUCAUUUGAAAACCAGUUCUUUUAAAUGCAGCUUGCUUCUGGAUAUCCCAUUAAAUCUUUCCAUAGGAAAUGGAAGAUCUUAUUAGCAGUUCUAAUUGCGCUCGCCGCUUGGUAUAUUUGAUUCAUUUAGUAUAAUUAUAACUGAGGUUAUAGAUAUAUUCGCGCGCUGUUAUUAGUCCAAGACUGCAUUAAAAAAAAAAAAACUUUUUUGUUUCAUAAACAAGGCCAAAUUACAUCACAACUUGGAAGUAAAAGAAAAUAAAUUAAAGACGUUUCGUACUCCUCGUAGAAUGUUAUAUACCCCAAAACAGAGGAAAAUAAGCCCACAACGAGGUUAGUUGACCGCAAAAUGAACCCAUCUCUCGAAAUUCUACUCCAGAAAACAACUUUUUUACCACAGUUUUUCGUUUACCUUUGAAAAUAUUAGAAGUCACCCGCUGUAACUAUUUACGAAAUUAACUUUUUUAAACCUGCAGCAAAGCCACCAGCUCUCUGGCCAUAUUAAAAAGCGCAUAUUCAUGCAGUCGAGGAGAAAUUGUAAUUAUUUCGAAAUAUGUGCUAGCUGUUAACAAAUAUACUCCUGACAGUUGAAUACCAAAAGCGACCGUAAUAGUUUGUUAGAUGGCAGGAAGUGCAAACACUGGUUUGCUCCAAAGAACACAAAAGAUAUUUAGAAACUCAUUUUGACGUGCUGUAAAUUGUCGCUCUUUAAAUUGGCCUUUAGAAUGCGCUUGUUCAUAUGUAAGACAUCUGUUCUAUAUACAGUAUCAAGGGAAGGAGGUAACGCUAAAAUAGCUGGAAAGAUCUUUCUCAAACUUGGUAGUUUUCGUUUGCUGUGCUUUUACUUGAUUCCUCUUCGUCAGAUUUUUUUAAACAAGCUGAUCUGCAAGUUCAUUCUACUUCUGAACGCAACGUCUGCACAUCAAACGUCUCUUUUCCGAUCUUUCAUUUCAAAUGAUUCAAGAUCAAGCUGUUGCGUCAGCAGAUUAGAGUCCGUCAGUGAUUCUUUUGAAAAAUUCUUUAUCUCGGCACUUCAUUCAUGGCAGCAGCUGAAGGAUUGCACACGACGUUCGUUAUUAAUUGCGCCUUCAACGCUUUUUCGUCUUAUACUGCCGUAGCAUUUAACAUCAUAGCAAUUCAAGCGAUGAGAAAAACGCCCUUGCCAACUCCUCUAAAAACAUUGCUUAUGAAUCUAGCUUUUUCUGAUCUUGGCGUCGGCUUGCUGGCCCAACCUAUGUACGUUGCAAGUCUUUUCCUCAAGGCGAUGAAACUGAACACUGAUAACUAUUUAUUCAACAUCGUCUCUGUAGUCGUAGUGAAUAUUCUUUCCUUCGCUUCGUUCUUUUUUGUGACUGCCGUAAGUGCAGACAGAUUCUUGGCUAUUCAUCUCCAUCUUAGAUACCAGGAACUUGUAACUCUCAAACGAGUUGUUUCAGCAGUUAUAUCAAUUUGGGUUUUGAGUGCAAUUUUUUCGCUUCUAUUUUCCUAUAUCCCUGAAAUGGCAUUUUUAGUAAAAGUUUCAAUAACAGCGUGUUUUAUUUCGACGACGUUUUUCUAUGUUAAGAUUUAUGUGGCUGUUCGACGACACACAAGUCAAAUUCAAGCCUUGCAAGUUUACGAAUUAUCACAGAAUGGCGAAACGGCGUCCGCUUUGAGGCUGAGAAAAUCUGCUGUUAGUACAUUCUACGUGUAUGUCGUGUUUGCGGCUUGUUAUUUGCCGAAAACUUGCAUCUUGUUGGCUGGUUUCAGGGCUUUACAAAGUACAUGGAUUAAACAUUUGAAUGUUUACACCUUUACUCUGCUUCUUGUGAAUUCAUCUCUAAAUCCUGUGAUUUAUUGCUGGAAGAUGAGACACAUUCGACACACUGUCUUUGCAUUACUGAGAAAUAUAUAUUCCAAGGUUUGCAAUAACAGCAACAACAAUAUCAAUGUGGUUGGAGCACUAGAGCAACUCCCAGGAACCCUUACUAGCCUGUGAGCUACGGUGGCGUAGUGUGAUAGCACUUGCUUUCCAGGUGAAUUUGACCCGGGUUGGGUUUAUUGUUGGCUGUCGCCCUUUGCUCUGUGAGCAGUUUUCCCGCAAGGGCAUACUGGGGUAAACUUGAUAUGUUCCUAAACAGAUCAUGGUCACACACCACAGCCACAUCAUCUCCAACCAUGGUGAAAGAUAGCGGGCAAUGAGAAACCAUGACGGGUUCCUUGGUCAACUUGUUGCCAAGGCCCACUGUAUAUUUGAAAAGGCGAUACGUCUACCAUCGUCGUCAGACUUUUUACUCGUUAAAACACAGAGGAAGAAAAACGCGAGCUGUCAAAAGAAUGGGUGACAUUUAGCCGUAGAAGAGAGAGUUUGCGCGUGUAACUUCGCCGGUAACAUGUAACGGGAAAACCUUGCACCGCUAAUAUCGUGCACGGAAUAGAUUAUAUGCCGCGUUAGUUCUGUUUGAAGACGUACAUCGGGAUAGGUUGUAAUAAUAAGUAGGCUGAACGCACGCAUAUCAAUGUAAAGAUUUAUUUGUUAAUUAGUAUACAAGAAGCGUGCUUUCGUAAACCGAAUAAAGAUGAAUGAGGGGAACAUUGGGGAGGGGGGGUACCCAACACCGCAAUACCGUAAGAAAAACUAGCAAAUACCGAAAUACCGCGUCAAAAAUCGAUCAAAUACCGAUACGGCAUUUAUGAUCAUUCACGUUUACUUAAAACUAUAUCCAUCUCACGUGUUUGUUUACCUCAAGUAUGUAUGCACCAGAAAUCAACCUCAGACAUUGCGACAAAAGGUGAGAAGACCUUGAUCGGUAGAACGAUCGAAAAGCCCGGUCAUUGCAUGCCCUUCCAGUUUGGUCAUAGAUUGUGUAAUCAUUUACCACUAGUAAUAGUUGACGCUGCAGCUGCCCUCGCUCCGUAUAUUCUCGGUCAAUAGUAUUCUUGCUCGUUGUGUAGCUCUUUGAAAUAUACCGAUUCAUAAUGAAGAUGUUCACCACCGUGGCCCAUAUAGGACAUCAACAAUAUUUCUUUUUUCGAUUGAAAUUUUCAUCUUAAUGUUUGUCACAAAAUGUGAGUUGUUAAGUCUUUUCAAAUAAACAACGGAUUUUUUUCUGCAAUAAUCCGAGUUGUUAAUUUUUCAAUUACACAACUCGGAUUUUUACCGCAAAAACCCGAGUUGUGCAAUCUCUAAAGUACACAACUCGGAUUUCUAACGCAAAAAUCCGAAUUGCUAAUUUCUCAAUAAAACAACUCAGAUUUUUACCGCAAUAAUCAGAGUUGUUUAAAGGUCAAAUGAACCAAAAAAUUGACAUUUUUUCUUUUGUCACUUUACCUUCUUGAAACACUAAAAAGAACCAUCCUAAGUGAGAUUUGGGUAAAGAUUUUUCUUCCCAAGCCUUUAUAGAAAGAUAAAAGUUCAAAAUCCGAGCAUUUCCGAAAACUUCACGAAAACGUUUCUGAAAUGGCCGAGUGAUAGACUGGAGACUAUACGUGACCUCAAUGUUGGUCUUUCAGGGCGGAAAAACGUUCUGCGCAAGCUUCUGCGCAUCCCUCAUCGCCUGCGUUUGUUUGUCUCGUUCUGUGAGAGUUCUGACUUAGACUGAAUGAAAUACAUGAGGUGCGAACGUUUAUUCCUUGUAAAGGCUUUUUUUUUGUUUUUGUUGUUGUUGUUUUUAUUUUGAAAAUUACUUUGGAUUCAGAACAACCAAUGUUAGAGUAAACAACAGAUCAUCCGUCAGUCUGAGGAGGAAUAAAACGUUUCGAACAUUUCCAAAGAGGUUUGUAUUUUUCUGAAUUUGUGAGUUGAUUUUGUGUCCAGUGCUUCGCCUUCUUUCGCCGGACUGAAUUAAAACCCGCUUGUAUUCUGUUAUUGGUAGUUACAGUUAGUUUUUUUACUUGCCCAGAUUUAUUUAUCUUUGCAGAACCAGCGUUAUCCUUGUCUUAUGUCAAAGAACCGUAAUGCUAACGUAAUGCUAUUUGGUUCAUAUUAAACACAUUUCACUAGAAUUGAACUAAAAUAGAAAAGGUCGAAAUUUUGGUUCAUUUGACCUUUAAUCUCUGAAAUACACAACUGGGAUUUAUAACGCAAAAAUCUGAGUUGUUUAAUCUCCAAAAUAAGUAACUCGCAUUUAUAGCGCAAAAAUCCGAGUUGUUGAUUUGUCAAUUAAACAACUCGAAUUUUUACCGAGAAAUCAGAGUUGUUUAGUCUCUAAAAUACACGAACUCGGACUUAUAAGUCGCAAAAAUCCUAGUUACUAAUUUUUCAAUUGAACAACACGGAUUUUUUUCCUACGGAAGCUUAUAGGUGCCAUCCGACAUCCAACAUCCGACAUCGGACAUCCGAGAUUCGACAUCCGAGAUCCGACAUUCGACAUCCGACAUCCGACAUCCGACAUCCGACAUCCGACAUCCGACAUCCGAGAUUCGACAUUCAACAUCCGAGAUCUGACAUCGGACAUCCAAGAUUCGACAUCCGACAUUUGAAAGGAUGGCCGUGAUGUGUAGUUCCUGGGAUCAAGGGACCUACGAAGUGAGGUUUGAAAGACCUGAAAAGGAUACAACUUCGCUGCACGUUUCCUAAUGAAGGAGCAUACCGGGGUAAUACGCAUUUGCAACAAUGCAAAAUGAUAAAAAUAUUAAACAAAACCAGUAUAGUUCGUAUUGUUUCCUUUCAAACCUCACUUCGUAGGUCCCUUGAUCCCAGGCACUACACAUCACGGCCAUCCUUUUAAAUGUCGGAUGUCGAAUCUCGGAUGUCGGAUGUCGCAUGUCGGAUGUCGAAUCUCGGAUGUCGGAUGUCGGAUGUCGGAUCUCGGAUGUCGGAUGUCGGAUGUCGGAUGUCGGAUGUCGGAUGUCGGAUGUCGGAUGUCGGAUGUCGGAUGUCGGAUCGAAUCUCGGAUGUUGGAUGUCGGAUGUCAGAUGUGGGAUGUCGGAUGUCGGAUGUCGGAUGUCGGAUGUCGGAUGUCGGAUGUCGGAUGUCGGAUGUCGGAUGUCGGAUGUCGAAUCUCGGACGUUGGAUGUCGGAUGUCAGAUCUGGGAUGUCGGAUGUCGGAUGUCGAAUCUCGGAUAUCAGAUGUCGGAUGUCAAAUCUGGGAUUUCGAAUCGCGGAUAUCAGAUGUCGGAUGUCAAAUCUGGGGUGUCGGAUCUCGAAUGUCGGAUGUCCGCUGUCGGAUGGCACCUAUAAGCUUCGCUUCCCGUAGAGUUGUGUAUUUUAGAGAUUAAACAACUCGUAUUUUUGCGGUAAAAAUCCGAGUUGUGUAUUUUAGAGAUUAAACAACUCGUAUUUUUGCGUUAUAAAUCCGAGUUGUUUAAUUGACAAAUAAAGAACUCAGAUUUUUGCGUUAUAAAUCCGAGUUGUGUAUUUUGGAGAUUAAGCAACUCGAUAAAAAUCCGACGUGUGUACUUUGAAAUUAGACGACUCGGAUUUCUAACGCAAAAAUCUGAGUUGUAGUAUUAAAUGAUUACACAAUACCAAUUUCGUAACAACAAAUGAGAUAAAAAUGUCAGUCAAAGAAAAAUUGUUGAUGUCCUGGAUGGGCCACCGUAGUUCACACAUACUCCAUACAAUAGGUGAGAUAAAUCGACAGGAAAUAAACGCAAGGUUCCAUGCACAGUUUCGGUUCGAUUUACACAGCUUUGCUCAAAACAUUCUCAGUUUCGAGAAUAGUUUAUUCUAAACCAUAAGAAUAGAUUUAAUUACAAGUUAAAUUUUUUCGCUAUUUCUAUUUCACUUCUCACAUUUAGUUCAUUUUAUCUGCCGGAAAUAGCCUGUUGAGGGAGGGGAGAUGUCUGUACGCAGGCUAGCCGGAAAGGAAGCCUUACAAAUUAAAACGACGUUUGAUCAAUUCACGCUCGUGCAUUCUAGUCUUAUUUUAAACUUUAUAGCGAAAGAACAUCUGUGAGCAGGAAAUAAGUCAGCACAGAAUUUGAUGGUCGGUGUAUUUCUAAAUUUCUAAUCGUCCAUCGUUCUGCUAGUGAUAACCUAGCCGUUGAAUCAUUCGCUCUUCUUGCUUGUCUUAUUCCGGUCAACUAAAGAAAGAGAAAGAGUUUCUGGCAAGGUUUCCAAUCAAAGAUUUGUGAACUCGUCUCUGGCAAACUCACUUAGUGUUAAAAUAUACGCUGUUAUAUGCACCUUAUAACUUCAUCUGCGCUUAACGAGUGUCUUUUGGUCCAUAACUUUCAUAACAGCUGCUCCACAGAAUGUCACUGAUAACACGUAACGCAAAAGAGUAUCGAAGUAUGACUGCACACAAUUAAUGUCACAAAAUCUACCUAUCGAAAAUCCUAUGAGAGACAGGCAAGCAAGAAAUUUAACAACAAAUGUUCCGAAAAUUCUAGAUCUCAAAUCGUCUUCCGAACAGAUAUUUUCCAAAAAUCGUCGUGGGAACGUUGUUUAGAAAACGAUCAAGUGGUUAUCAACUCUGGUUUUCCCACAGUAAAUUGUAGGAAAUAAUAGAAAUUCAGAUUGUUUAUCCAUAUAUUUAAUAUACGGUGCACGAUAUUUUCUCUCGAAACACAAUACUUUUCUCGCUGUUUGUUGCACUUUAUUAAGUAACAGUUAUUUAGCUAUAUAUUUAUAGAAAACAACAACACAAAGAAACGGAAAAAAAAAAGAAAGUAGGAAGAAAUUAUUACUCGAACCCGGCACCUUCGACUCGACGCGACUACACCUAACCACUACACUGCAGUGGUUGAUUACGUAAUCUGUAGUAAAAGUCUUUCAUUAUAUUCCUUUUCCACGAAACUUCCGCCGGCAAGAUGAUCGCCGGCCGCACUAACCGAGCUAUUAACAGUGAAAAAACAAUGUAAACGCAUCUUCCAUGGCAAUGAAUGAAUGAAAGAACAUAAUUAUGCUUUUCAAAACGCCGAUACACGUCCUCGUCUGCAAAGUAGGACACAAAACAUAUGUUUUGUUAUCUCGAUUUUCGCUGUUAUUUUGAAGCGAAUGUCAAAAUCACACAAAACUCUAAGUCUAAGCAGCGAACGAUGCACUCUCUCACCCACCGAACUUCCCCGUGUUUUUAUUUGAGUUGUUCGUGGCGCAAUGCACUCUGGUUAAAUGCAAUGCAUUGUGGUAAAAAGUGUGGUUAAAUGCAAUGCAUUGUGGUAAAAAGUGAUGAAUUUGAGAAUUCGUCGCCCCUUAUAUAUUUCCUUUAAAUCCUGAUUAUGUUGCUGCUCGCUCCCUUCGGUCGCUCCGCAGCAACAAACAUGAAACAUGAAUGGGCCGACGGCUGUAAGGCCAGGUCGCACAGCUCCGACCAGGUCCUCAUCACUCAUACUGCGCGCGCAGGACUUUUCAUUUUUAAUUUGCAUCGAUAUGUUUUCUAUUUUCAAUUUGCAGCGCAAUUGUUUCUUUGCAUGUACUAUAUUUAAUUUGCUUGCACUAUUUUUAGUUUGCAGCAACAUUUUUAAUUUGCAUGUGUGACCCUUCUGGGUCACCGUACUAAGCAAUGUCCUCUACUAACUAUGGUUUUACCAAGGUGUCUGCCUUGUUGAGGUGUGUAGAUGCAGUCGGUGGUGUUUUGUUUUAAGAUCAUGUUUAAAAUACAUAUACAGCCGACUCUCUUUAAAACGGACACCUCUAUAAGAAGGACACCUCUGUAAAACGGAUACCUCGAGUUGGUUCCUGCCUUUCUUUAAGACCUCAAAGAGACGGACACUUACUGAUGAUCCCCAGACGCAGUUAAUCGAUAAACCGAUAAUCGAUAUUAAUCAAUAGUAAUCGAUAUCAAUCAUCGAUAAAGAAAUAAGUUGUGACUUCGAUUAAUAUCGAUGAUUUUCCGAUAGAAAUCGAUGAUGAUUUUUUAUCGAUUGUUGUCGAUUUAGUUCAUCGAUUAUAAUCGAUAAAUUAUUUUUCUGUGAUUUCAAUUUCUAUCGAUUUCCGAUAUCAAUCGAUAUUAAUCGGCGGAUUAAAUCGAUUUGAUCGAUUAACUACUUCGGGUGAUCCCUAAGGUGUCCGUCCUAGAGCGAGUUGACUGCACGUCCAAAUUAUACAAAAGUUAAACUGUCCAUUUCACAUGAGAACAGAAAAAAAAACAUUUUUGAAAUAAACUUCUCUGGGAUUUUAAGUGCAUAGCUCAAAUGCAUAAGGACUGGAGUUUCAAAAAUCAUCAGGACAUAAGUGCAGAUCCACCAUUCGGUACUGAGGGGGGUACCCAAAGUAAGUGACUACUAAAAGUUUCGUAUUCCGGUAAUAAUGAAUGCAAUAAUCUUUUAACCAUAAUUCAAACAACUGAGUUCAAUCAAGAUCAAAUAAUGUAACAUGAAAUGUUUAGUUUAACCAUAGCUCUCCAUUGAAAACCACAGUAUUUUCAACUUACAUUUUUUUGGAGAAAUCAGUAACUGCCAAAACUAUUGACAUGGACGUUACGUAAGGUCCAUGAAAUUUAAAGGAAUUUUUUUCUCUCACAGCUGUUGUCUAAGCCCGAUACAAAAAAUAACAAAGGUGCUUUUUUAUAUGACUAAGUAACAUACAUCUGUGAUAACAAAACCAAUCAGUUCCGAAAGGACACAAAAAAAUUGGAUGUUAAAUUUCUCAUACUUCAUGGAUGUUACUUUUGGACGUUACAUCAUGACGACGCGACGGCGACAAGAGCGUCGCUUAAAAAGUGAAUUUGCGUUCUUUCAGUCUUAAUAGCGAUUAUUCCUAGCCACUUACUUUGUCAAAUGUAGGUGAACCCUCUUGAAGCUGAAUUUCAAGGGACCAUAUUCAAGCUCGGAAAGAGAAAUAAAAUUUCGUCGUUGCUUGUUUACAUCCUCUAUGAAACGCGAAAUUAGGCAUUUUCGCGUCCCAGUCGUGCAAAAACGGGAAAGAAAUACACAAAAAAGUGUGAUGCACUUGCGAAGUUGUUGUUUUGUCUAUUAAACCUAUUGCUUUUUUGACGUUCUCGUUGUCGGCCGCGUCGUUGGAUCUUAAAGUCCCCAAUAAAUGCAGGAAGCUCACUAAUAAUUGCCUGAAAAGCCUGGUUCUAAAUUAAUUUGUUAUUUAACAACAAUAAUGUAUAUUCAGCAUUGCUGAAUAUUAUUAUGGAGUUAAAGAGAGCACUUAGAAUCUUAUUGGAGACAAUAGCGAAUUAUUGUAAGGACAACAUUAUUAAUAAUUACAAUAGUCAACAAAAAUGCCAAGUGUAAGUUACUUCAUCUUUUAAAGUAAACAUAUCAAAUCGUCAGUAUAGCUCUGUGGAAACUUUUAAAUUGCUUACAGUCUCUAAAAUUGAGAAUAAUGUGGAACUGAAAUAUACUCUAUUUAAUAGACCAAGUAUCAAACGUAUCCAUUUUUCAUCGCAAUGGUUAGAAAGAGCUUGAAACCAGGCUUUUCUUUUAAAAACACCUUUUCUACAAGCAGCUUCUUUGAAAUUUUAAAUCAUGGAACAAAAAAAAAAUACAUGAAGACCAGCUUAAAGAUGAGUCACAAACAUUUACUUGGUGACUUAUGUUUUUUCGUCAAAAAGGUGAAAAUUUAAAGGAACGAUAAAGCCUAUUUCAAAACUAAUGGCCAGUAUUCUAUUGUUUGUGGGAAAGAAAGAAGGUACAAGGAAUUUACAUUUUUGACAUCACUGAUUUCUUUAUCUUUUUUACUCACUGUAACGUCCAUGAUCCAGAAUGUAACAUCCAUGACAGUGUUUUGUCAUCAAGUAUAGAGGGCACACAUCAGAAAGGAAACAUUUAUCACUUUGUUAUUGUGGUAUCACCAUUUAUUUACCUAAAAAACAAUAUCAUUUGUUUUUAGUUAUGCUUGUAGAAUUCACAGGAAUUUAAUGUUUAACAUUUGCACUUAAGAACGUGGUUUCUUUGGUUGUGACAUCCAUGACUGCUCAAUUUAUUUAAAUACAAAUUUUUGCAUAAUAGUAAAUUUGAUGAGUUUUUCACUUAACGUGCAACUAGCACCUAUCUGUCAUAAACAAAGUCAAAGGGAAUGGUUGGUUGUUAUUAUGUAUCUGUUCUAAUGAUUUUUCUCUAACCACACUCAUGCAAAUGUAACGAUCAUGAUCAUGGAAUGACCCAAUUUAUACAUAUCAAAUUUUUCCACGAAGUCAGCCAUGCGUCUCUACUCUAGUAGAUCAUAUAGUAAAUGACAAAACAAAUUGCCGGGUAGAUUUUAGCAUUACACAGGAUGAAGAGUUGACUUUGAUCGUAUUUGAUUCGCGCCAAAGGUGUGAAAAGGGCGGUCUUGUUUUGCACAUUUCGGCCAUCGUACCUUUGAUCUGCAAAAGUCUAGAUCUGAUGCGGGAUCAAUAAACUACAAAAGCGGUCUCCACCACCUUUAACAUAUCAAAGGAAUAGCAAAACAGUCUUUACCACCUAAAAGCCUGUGGUUGCCGGCUUUAUAUUUGGUUAAUUCCGCAGUAAACGAAGGCCUGAAGUAUUGGCGGAGAAUUUUCAAGCAACUUGUUUUGAUCAAUCUUUUUCUCCUGACAAACUUAGACCUUACGUUUAGCUUCAUACCAUAUUUUUAUGGACGAUUUCAGUGUUAAUUAUGGAACAAGCGCACUUGAUCAUGCACCAUGAAAAAUUGCGCUAUGUAAGGUUUAAAUUACAAUUGUAACGUUGUGGAAAUUUUUUGCAUGGCAUGACAAAAUAGACGAACAAUUCAACAGGAGAUCGAAACGGAUAUCCGAUGACCCCCACUUGUUUUUCUGUUUAUCUAUCCUGAUUGACUAUCCGACCACGCAGAACGCGGACUAAAUUUAGUCAUCUCGUCUGCUGGAGAAGAAUUGCCUAAUGAUGAGCUGCUGUUUUAAAACGCGAGCAGUGCAGUUAGAGGUCAUUCGUUAUCUUAUCGAGUUUGUAAGACGGACAGGACAAGCAGGAUGGCCGCCUUUUUGAAGUUGACUUUUUCGGUAAGUACAAGUUAACCCAAUAAGCCUCAUCAUCCGUAUGUAAAUUCUCUAAACUGAUCCCCAAGGAUUUCCUCAAAGAAUUAUUUGGGAGAAUUGGAUAAAAGAUCAAAGCAUCUUCUCUUUGAUCAAUGAUUAUUUUGUUAAUUAUUAUCACCCGUUCUUUUAAUUCUUCCAGACUCAUUUAAACACAGAAGAAGAAAAAUGCGAGUAAUGAGAAGGCCUUGUACCGCUUAUAACAUGCACGGAAUAGAUUACAGCCAUUUCGAGAGAGGUUGUCGGGAAAAAUGCACGCUACAAUCCUGAAAGGCAUUGCGGGUGGUUUUGAGUUCUCUGUUUUUCAAAGAAAUUUGAAAGAAUUGUCACGAAAGACCAUGGAAAUGUGUUUCCGAGUGCUAAAGGAAAGCAACAAAAGUAGGUUCGACAGCUACAGUCGUCAGGAACAGUUCAACAGUGUAUUGAUCAUAUCCCAUAUUACCUUUCGGGAUUGUCGCGUGCACAUUUUUUCCGACAACCUCUCUCGAAAUAGAUUAUAGACCGCAUUAGUUCUGUGUAAAAACCUAAUGGGAUUGCUGGUUUGCACGUGACGUCACGGCGGCCAUGUUGGUGGUCAAGAACAAAAGCAUUUCUUUCCUCUGGGAAAAAAAAAUUCUAUUGUACUGAAAACAUGGCCACCUUGUCACGUGGUUGCAAACCAAGAAUUCUGACGUUGUAGUAAUAUGUAGCCUAUAUCGUUUGUUUUAAAUGUUCACCGGGCCACUCUCGAAUACGGAACUGCAGUAAUUUCAGCCCAAGGCACAAUACUAGCAACGUCCUUUUUCUUUUUUAUAAGAGAAACUAUUUCCGAAAUGUUAAUGACCAAACAAACACUUAACGAACCGCACGAACUUCAUGCUUUUCAGCCUUACAGUCAAGGAAGGUCAAGUGUGCCCCCAAGAUUUUUUUAAUGAAUUGAUUGUUUGGAAAAUGAAUCCGUUUGUCGUUCCCGUACCUGGUGUCGAAUAUUUUACGCGAACUUCUGUGUAUUUGGUCAUAAAAUUUCUUCCAAAACAUUUACAUCAAUUUCAGGGAAACUGAGCUGGUAGAAAUUUCAUAACUACCUCGGGAAUUACGGCUCAUUACGCAUGCCGGAAUGCAAAGAUGAAUAUGAACAUAUAAUUACCAACGGAUUUAACCUUCGAAUAAUAAGUAUUGGGGGUAUGCUUGAACUGGUUUGACUGUAACGGUCAUCCGUUCUACUAAGAUGAAAACGAAAAUGGCGUCCUCGAUCUACCUCCUUUUUGCCUGUAUGGUGAGCCGUGGCCGCUGGCAACUUAGAUGUGUCGGGGGAAGUGUUUUAUUUAAUGAGUACGGUGAGAACAAAUGGAAAUUUUUAGGGAAUUAAUUGUGUGUUUAUGACAUUCUUCUUCAUUUUCCUGCAGGUUUUAAUUUUUUAUUCAUCUGUCCACUUUGUACACAGUCACCCGACACCAUCUGCCAAACAUGGCGGAAUGUCCUUCAAAUUUAGUCAUGUACAGCCGACGAAAAAGGCAACGGAAGAUCCUGUCAAUAGCACUAGGAAUCGUAAUCAUCACAAUCUAAAUUCCCUGCGUAAACUGGAACAAAAGGAGCAACAAAUCCCUAGCGACAGGAUCAAAAGAAACGCUACUGAGAGCAUGAAAGACGAGCUUGUAAGUUCGACAAGGAGAGCGAACGGUUCUGCCACCGAUGUCAGAGGAAGAAAUUACCUCAACAGAUCCUCAGUAAGAAGCAGAGUGAGUUGGCAAAGCUUUAGAGGAAGAAGACAGGUGACGCAUUCAUGUGUUAAGAGAACUGUGAAGACCUACCACGCUGCCCUGGAUGAAAUUGUGACUGAAUAUGAAUGCUGGAAAUCUUCGUUCUACUGUAAUCAAACGUCAAGUGGAUUGUAUCGUUGUGAGCCUGUUAUGACGUUUCAUGCGGGUCUUGACAAGACCCUGACUGUUGGAUGCAGGUGUAAGCCGUGAUUCGAGUUUAUAGUUGUAAGAACACUCAGUUAUGUAAUAACUAGGUACCGUAAAAGAUCGAUUAAGCGCCGCGGCACCUAUUUUAUUUUCCCUGUUAUAGGUGCGGUGCUAAUACGAGAGCGGCGCUUAUUUCAACUACGGGUAAAACACUGAGGGAAUUAUAGAGAGAAUUAAGUGAGGCGCGUACUACGUAUGCACAAUUAAAAAAAAAAUAUGUAGACAUCGAACAUAUAUUAUAUGAACCCAGUUUCAAGAGACUUUCCAACUUAUUACAUAGUUAGUGAUGAAAUACCAGGAUUUUUCCUUUUACUAAAAAAUCAUAUCUUCAUCGCGCGCAGUGAAGAUACUAUUUUUAUCUUUCACGUGUGAGGAUAUUAGUGUCGCCAUGGUUACUAACAUGAUUUGAUUUUGAUUUUGAAACAGAAAAUAUAAGUAUUGUCUUUAUUUCUCCUUUAUAACUUUAUAUCCGAGUUUCAUAACAUUUUUGUGACAGGCAUUUUGCGAUAGGUCACCACUUUAAUUGCACUAUUUUGCUGUUUCGAAAAUGAAUUUUUAAAAAAGUUAUUUUUUAUGUAGGAAUUUCAUCAGUGUCUAUAAUAUAAGCAGAGCAUUACAUGGCCGCUUGGGGAUACGAAUUUUAUCUUCUCGUGCUGAAAGUAUCUGUCACUCGUUCGCUUCGCUCACUCGUGAGAGAUACUUUCAGCACGAGAAGAUAAAAAUCGUAUCACCGCGCGGCCAGGUAAUAUGCUCUAUAUAUCAAGCGCGGUUACAAAGUUAGGGCGUUAAUUUGUAAAUACCCAGAUUAGCGCUGCAGCACAUAUUCGAGAGCGGCGCUUAUGAAAUUAUUUUCGGUACAGGUGCGACUCUUAUUCGAGAAGCGGCGCUUUAUCGAUCCUCUACUGUAUAGUACAGGAUUAUCUGCAAAUGUAAAUGUCGGCCUAGCCUCUCCACAGACGUUUUUCAUUUUAAAACCGCUACCCCCACCAACACUUCAAACCUUGCGCUUGCGGUAAAUAAAUCCCCCGUGUUUUUUUUUCUACGCGCACUCAACGAUCUCGAAAAAGAAAAUAGACUCUCUGUGAGCUGGCUUAUACGAGCCUCAAUCGUUUCAUGUAACAACACUUUAGAAAGAUGCGGUCACAGUCACUUUUUUUGGCACUUCAAUUGCAAAUGUACGCCACAGGCCUGUAAGGCUGCGUGCAAACGGACGCAACAUUGUUGACCAACAUUGUUGGAUGUUACAUGUUGCGUGUUGUUUUCGCAAAGUUUGAAACCGGUCAAACUUUUAGCCCCGUGCAAACGGACGCAACAUUGUUGGCUUACAACUCUCUACAACUCCCAACAUUGUUGGGAGUUGUUGCGCCCGUUUGCACGUAGCCUAAUACUUAUCAUUCAAGUAAUUUUUUCAAUAAAAAGGGAUAUAAUUUAAUCGAUUUUUUGCUUGAGUAAGUACGGUUUUCGUUUUGCGGACAAUGGUGACCUGGCUUCUCAGGUCCGUUCUCGAAACACCUACGAUGAAAUAAACCGUGCUCACGGCUUUACAAAGCUCUCGCUGUCGCUGCUUCGCUCCGAACUUUUAGAAAUCUGAGGAAUUAGGCAAGAAAAUAAAAGACCUCUGGUACCUAGGGUAGGACAAUGGAAGCCGUCAGCAGCUUUAUGGUUGUAAGUUUAAAGGCGGACAUGUAAUGUUUCCACUUUAACUUUUUAAGGUUCCCUAGUUUUGAUUCGGGAAUUAAUCACCAGUUCAAUUCCCCUAACUAUGGAUGUAGAGUUAGUUUGAAUUAAUACAUGGUGCAACUGAGACUCUUCAAGAAAAGUAGAUGUUUUUAUUGGAAUGUUUACUUAAAAAAUCUCGAAAUUUAGAACCAACUUGAAUGUAAAUUGCUCAACAUCUUGCGGUUAUUGCUCAGACUCAAAAGUUUAAACCAAUUCAGAGAGCGUCGAUAGACAUAGCCAUAGGCUUAGCGUAAAUGAAAGUAAUAAUGGUUAGUUUCCGUCCAGUUUUAUAUUUUCUUGAUGGCCUGUUUCUAGCCUCCCACGCAGGCGUUUUUAGGGGAGCUCGUUUUUCAUCCCUGGGGAGGGAUGAAAAACGAGCUUCCCUAACAACGCCUGCGUGGGAGGCUAGCCCGUUUCAGGCUCCAAGAUGGUAAUGUGCCGUUCGCGCGGGUCUUAUUUUCCCUUGUUUGUCAGUAUUUUCGCCUACUAUCUGAGAGCCUGGCAAAGGCUAGUGCGACUGCUAAUUUGCUAGCAACCAAAGUUUUAAAUAAGAUAACGUAUAGGCCCUCCCUUACAGAAGGCAAUUUGAGGGAAAAUUUGCAACCAAAGUCGUCUUUUGAUUUCCUUCUUUCCAGUUAAUUCAAAUAGUUUCAUUUUUGCAAUGCAAAUGUUAUGCAGAAAUGCACAACAAUAAAACCCAUCGACCGCGCGAUUAAUUCUAACUUAAGACAUAAUACAUAAUCUCUAUGAAAGACCUACCAGUUUCGAUGUAAUCUUCCGGAUCGCAGUCGAUUGCCUCGAUGUUUUUAGGACGAUCAAGACUAUCCGACCUAUUUUAUGCAAACUAAAGUCUAUGUAGACCUCGAUUCUAAUGUAUCCAGUCGAUUGCGUUCGCCGCAAUUAUACGGAUUGUCCCGCAUUCAUAGUUGUUGUUGUUGUUGUUUUAUCUUCACGCUUUGCACCGCAAGAACUCUAGUAGUAAGCUCAAAUUUCGAAUAAUUCCUGUGAAACUUAUGGCGCUUUUCAUUUACCAACAGACUCCGAUACCAGUUUCAGGCGUUCGGGGCCAUUUUUCGGCAUCAAAGAGGAACUGAUUUGUGCAAAUGAUAAACGCGAUUCCCGGAAGAAAUUUGUCAGCCCUGAAUUUUGCUUUCCAUUUGCUCAAACCGUGAACCGACUAGUUUUUUCAAUGGAAAGCGCCCUAAAAAAACUUUUUCCUGUACCUUCUAGACCGCUUUCAUUCCCCUUAUCGGUGUGAUUGUCGAGAUUGGCGGCCGCUGUUUUAUGGUGAGCAAAUGGUACUCUCUUGUUUCGCUUACCAUAAGAAAAAACGGCUAGUAGCGCUCUCCAACGCGCUGAUAGACCUCGAAAUAGAGGACUGCACAGUUUGUGUACCAUCUUAAUUCUUUCUGUUUACCUUUUCAGGUACUUUGACAGAGGCCUACACGGCUGGAUGACAAGGUUUGGCUUGACUUAUGUUUAAAUCCUUGUGGUCAGCGUCACGGGUCAAGGUCCUAGCCAAAAGACUAGUAGUUCUGAGUUCUGGGGACGAGAAUGAAUUUAACUCUGUAGUGGCUCAGCGGAUGCUUAGGGGGAGGGGGUGGGGGUCUCGUCAAAAGUUCACGAACGACAAUUUUGCGUUUCACGAGUCAACAAACAAAUAGUGUAUUUGAUCUCGGCCACCUGUAUGGGUGAUCUCUGCGUGGCUUUAAAUUCCCUAGGAAAGCCAGCUGUAGGUGGGUCUGAAAGCACUGAAGUUACAUUAAACUGAAAGACUCAAAAGUGAAGUUAAAUCAAGCUGCCAGAUGGCUCUUUUGGCCAAAUUAAUGAUUUAAUUUCCUCAGUUCAUCUUCAAUGUUCGUGUAUAGCCUGCGUAGAAAGCGUUUCCUCGCGAGGUUCGUCUAGAAAGUUGGAACGAGAGCAAAAAGAAAAUGAAUGACGGGGGAGGGGGAGGGGAACGAAGGAACGCUUCCGCUCUAACUUUAGCGCAAUAACUCGAUUGGAAACGCAUGCUACGCAGGCUAGUUCGUGUACAGUAUAGAGAAUUUUGGCAGUUCACGUUUCACGGAGUGCACCUCAAUCACGAUUCACAGAGCAGUUUCUCAGUACAUCACGAUUCACGGACACCAAAAAUGGUCGAUGACGGCUUCACGAAAAUAAACUUGCCUUCCUCUGCUCUGUGUAGUUUAAAGCAAAAUCGCUAAGGGUUGCCACACUCAGGGUAGGAAAAAGACCGUUUUUUGUUUUAGAAAUCUCAGGUCAAACUCAGUUUCUCCUUAUACAAAGGUUGUCAAAAGUCAGAAUUUUAUUUUCGGAUUGCCACAAGAUUUCGUAAGAUAAUAAAAAACAUUUUCAUCCGAAAAUAAUCUUAUUUGACCAGUCUAUUUUCAUAAUCCAAAUCCUGCCAAAAAGCUAGAUUUCGAUGAAAAAUCGUUCAUAGGUCAACAAGAAAUCAGCCUCUUUUUGGCUUCAGAUCAGACUGCAAACUAGUCCGUCUUUUUGCUUUGGUCCAGAACGCACGUGUGAGACUUAAACACCGGUGCUUUGCGCCUUGAGAAACUGAUUUUGAGAAAAAAAAACGACUGUUUUGCAGUCUAAGAUAGUAGUGCCUCAAUUAUCAUCCACGGUCGAUUCACGAUAGCCUGUUCCAGGCGUCCAGAUAGCAGAUUGCCGGGCAAAGUCAGGAGAUCGAGAAAAAAAUAAGAGGGAAGAGAGGGAGAGAGGAAGGAAGUUCCUUCGCUUUCACUUCCUGCCCCACUUCCUCGUAGUUUUGCCUGCUUACAUCUCUUUUCGCCGUCCGCGCAAUCUGAUCACCUGGAACAGGCUAGGGUUGGGCUGUGUUCCAACUCUUACCGUACAAUGAAAUACAGUCCAAUUGAUUGACCAAUCCCAGCUCGCGUACUAACCUAGAAAUAAAAUAUCUUUUUAUUGGUUUUAGGUAUAUCUACAUUCCAAUGGGAGGGUCCCGUAAGGGCGUCAUUCGUCAGCUCACGGGCUCGUUUCUAUCGUUUGCAUUUAUAUGGCAGUGGCAUGGAGGUCACCUGUACGCGCUUUGGUGGUUCAUUCCUAAUUGGCUUGGUGUAGUGGUAGAAAGCGGAGCAGGAAAGGUGUUGGCGCAUCCGUCUGUAAGGCGUAUGGAGGUUGGUGUUAAGGACCGGUCUUUAUUUAUUGUCCGGGGGGCGGGGCGGGGUAUUUUGGGGGGAUCACUCGACGUUUAGGAGAACAAAAGGGGGGAUCAGUCGUAACUGAGAACCCGAAAGGGGGGAUCACUGGAAACUUUGGAAGGAUUCAGAGUGGGGACCACUCAAAUUUGCUUAGAAAAUGAAGACAUGGGGUGGGGUCGCAAAAGUCAUCAAAUAUUAGUCGGGGGGGUCACUUCAUUGAAGUAACAUUUAAAGGGUAGAACGGCUAAAUUUCACCUUUCACCUUGUUUAGCCUCAAAUCCUCCUCCUCCUCCUCCUCCCCCCCCCCCCCACCCCAGGAGAUAAAUAAUGAAAAUAAUGACCAGUCUCUUAUAUCUUGAAAUACCAAAUUUACAGUUCUUCAACUACUGAAAAACAACAAGUACCGGUAGGAAUCACUGCAAAACAGUCAUAGUGAAAUCUUUGACAGGACAAUGAGCAUCACAGCGUUAAAGGGGCUUUGUCACCGCAUUACAUUGCAGUUUGAGGUCCAUUUGUGCUGAAAUCACUGCUUAGUGCCCUCACCCAAAAUACCGCUGUAGAGUUAGGUAUGAAGUAGAUAUGAAACAAACUUCAUCAGGGAGCACUAACCAUAAUGAUUUUCUGGUGGUUUAAUCUUGAAAAACAAAGCCGGGCCAUUAUUUUUGGAAGUCAGUUGAUGCAAAAGAAAGUUUUAGCUUUUUGAAACGAUAGCAAAUAGCGUGACCAAGCCUCUUUUAAAAUUAUCUCCCGAAGUCUCAUAAGUAAUGAAUUGUUUGUUUGUGUGUUUGUUUAGGAGAAGCUUUCUCCAGCUGCCUCUCGCCGUAUUCGCGCCAUAUUUGGUAUAGUUUCACUCACGUGCUUAAUCCUAAGUAACUUGGUGUUCCUAUGUGGAAGUGAUCCUGUAUGGUUCUACGUUAAGAGAAUCUUCGUUUUUGGUAAGUUUGCAGGGGCACCCAACGGGAAAUUUUGAGAAAAAGACCUAAAAAUAACAAAAAAGCGUGAAUAAAGUUUUCUGAGACUAUUUUAAGCAUUUUGGGAGAUUGCUGGAAAAAAAAUUAUCUGUUCCUCACUCCCAGCAAGACUAAUGGAAGAGUUCCCAGCCAGCAACCUUACAACCUGCAACCUGACUUAUGGGAAGUUUCAUAGGGCACAAUUCAGAUCUCGAGUGGUAAGUAACCCAUACAAGUAACCCGUAGCAGCUAUUCUAGACUUCAAAUCCCCUCUGACACCCUGAAUUAUCUUCUUCCCAGCAUCACUUUCCUUCCAAAGACUACUAUUUCUUCCACAUCUCCCAGCCAGCAAAAAUGUGCCUGAAGAACAGAUAUUUUGAGGAACAGAUCCAUUGGGUGCCCCUGAGUUUGAGAUACAUUACAGUCAAGCCAGGUCAGGCGUACCCCACAAGAUGCCAUGACUUUUAGGCCGGACGUUUUGAGGUCAUAAAGUUCCCCUUAGUGUUUGCCUUUUCGCUGUUUCAAAACAAUGUGAUUUUUCAUAGUCACUUUAGUAAAGUGCAAAGCACCAUAUCGCAUGUUAUGCGAAACUUUUCACAGUGCAUAUUAAAUCGUUUCUCGAUCUUAGUUACUGUCUGUGAUUCUAUUCUGCAGGUUGGCCGUCGUCAGCUCUUUUACUUCUUUUCUCUAUGUACAUGAUUGUCCAGACAAACAUGGAGCUCAACAGACACAUUUCUCAGUGGUGA